CUGUUUUUACGACGGUGUGCUUACACAAUGACAGUUUCCGUUAGCCUCACUCGCGAGUCCUGACCGCUCGCACUUCGCUUUUUUGUCGUUUCCAACUUUGGUCGAAACACGAAUUUCUGUUUUCCAAACUACCGAUCGCAGUCGGUGGUUGGAUUUUAUACAGGAAGUGAUCGGUUGUUGAUAUAAGUACAAGUUGUACGGUCUGUGGUUUAACUUUGAAGUUCCAGCUCGAGGCCCAGCGGAGAGCUCGAGCGGCAGCUCCGAAAAGUUUGUUGUUGUCACGUGACGCGAGACGAAUGUGGCGAUAAAAGUUUGUUUCGAUAGUGAAACUAGGCGGCGUACUACGUUAUUUUUUUUUACCUUCUGACCACAGUUCUCACUGCGAUGCCUCAACCAAAAUAUCGAAAGAUUGCUGUAAUAGGUUACAGGUCUGUAGGAAAGUCAUCUCUUACAAUACAGUUUGUGGAAGGACAGUUUGUUGACUCCUAUGACCCCACCAUUGAAAACACCUUUAACAAAAUGGUCAGCGUGAAUGGCCAAGAAUUCAACCUUCAGCUGGUUGAUACAGCCGGACAAGAUGAGUACUCAAUUUUUCCACAGUCCCACUCUAUGGACAUCCAUGGUUAUGUCCUCGUCUAUUCAGUGACUUCCAUGAAAAGUUUUGAAGUUGUGCAGGCUCUCCACGACAAGCUGCUAGACAUGAUUGGAAAGAUUCAAGUCCCAACUGUUCUUGUAGGGAACAAAAAAGAUCUCCACAUGGAAAGGGUUAUCAAACCAGAGGAGGGGAAGAAACUUGCUGAUUCCUGGGGGGCUGCAUUCAUGGAGUCCUCAGCCAAGGAGAAUGAGACUGCUGUGGAGCUUUUCAAGCGGAUCAUUUUGGAGAUGGAGAAAGCUGAUGGAAAUUGUGCCCCAGAGGAGAGGAAGUGUGCUGUCAUGUAAACGUGUAUCCAGGACAUCAGUAAGCUCAUUCGCUGAAGACAGGAGGCACAACUUCACCGGCUUGCCAAUCGUGACCUCACCGACACCAAGACACUGCAGUGGAACUUUUUCUGAUCCGUUAUGAUACCAGAUUGAUUUACAGAGCAAGUGAAAUUGCCCAGACAGUUGACAAACGAAUCCCCACAUGCUGUAACCACAGGGAGAAAUUUGUACGGGCAAGAAUAUUCUGUUAUAGACAAAGAGGCACCUUCAGUGAACACAUUCUUGGCAAAAUCUUGAUUUUUGAGUUCAACAAAACAAUAAGAUUGUCCCAAUUAAGCGCAUCAAAAUUUUGUCAUGAAUGUAUGAUGGUAAUAACUAGUUGUAAAUCUUAUGUUUGAGACAUCAUUGGCCUAUGUCUCAUAACUAAUUGAAUUCUUAAGUUAAUGUAAAAAAAAGUUACCUUUUCAGGACUGGUGUAUUCAGCAGAUCUUAUUUUUGACCGAUGGAGAGUCGCAGUUCACAUUGCUUUAAAUGUGGUGUUAAAAAUGUACUAUUUCUCACAAAUGGUGGAUUUACUCGGACACCCCAAGUUAAGGUUCUAAUAAGAAAUGUCACUGUUCUUCUCACGGUCAUUUUUAUCAACUCUUCUUCAGGUACCGCUCACCGAUGAACUCUUGAACUGCGGAAGAAUCUAUUUGUAUAUUUAAAAGCAAACAUUUUAAGCUCUUCUGCUAAGCAUACAUACAUCCCACCUUGUUUCUUAGGAUUAGAUUGGAACAGAUCUUUGGUAUUUACCACUUGAGCCUUUUUAUACCAUAUAAAUAGAAUCUUAGAAAAUGGUUUGAUACAAUUGGUUAUAUCUUGAGUGAUGCAGGUGUGCGCCCCCUUAAAUACGAUAAGUAGAACAUAUGCUUAUAAACGCAUUAUAAUAUAAUCAUUGUUGAGCUGCAAUUUAAAAUUUAAAAUUGCAUUUUAACACUAAGACCAGGUAAAAGGCGACAACAGUGUUUGUGUAGUAAUUUUUGAAGCUAAAUAUUUUUUGAUUUGAUGGUUCAUGCUGGCUUCUUAAAACUUAGUCAGGGUGGCAUGCAUCCCAUUUAAUUCAUAUUGAGGACUUGCAUGGAAACUGUCAAACACUUGGGGAUCAUGAAAUGACUUGUUUUCUCUUAGCUCGUGUAGCCUUACGAAGACAUGACGCAGACUGUGGAUCUUGUUUUCCCCCACAAUUGUCAUGUCAUACCUGUAGUGGGUAAUUGUAACUUUUUAUCAAGUGCUUUGCAGAGUAAGUAGUUAAUUAUGGAUGAUUGAUGAUGGUUGAACAGAAGCUGGUGAUGCUGUGUCUUGUGCCUUACAGUUCUUCAAACUCCCUCACCUGCUUCCCUUUACGACUCAAGGUGCUCUUAAAGGUCCCCCCCCCCCCUUUUCUGUUAACUUGAUACUAUGGGUGCAGGUGGUGUUGUGUACCUGAACACCAAUAUUCCCCUGUGGGUCAAUGUUGAUUCAGAAAUCUUGCUGUAAACAGUUUUGUAUAUAAAUAAAUCUGUUACUCAUUUGC